GGCCGAGUGGCACGUGCGAGCUUUCAUCGUGUCACGCGUAUCUCGUCGUGCCGCGUUCGUUUUCUCAUCCCGUCCCGAUCCCGACACGAGUCGUCGUUGCCUCAACUAAUAAUUGUCAACGGGAUUUAAGAAUGUCGUACAACCUGUCAAUCUCGCCGAGCUGCCCGGAUCCGAAUCUGGGGCCGAGCCUCGCGCAGGUGUGCCCGGGAUCGCAAUUUUUGACGUUCAUGAGCCUGUUGAACACGUUCGUACUCGCCAAGGAGGAGAUCUCGCUGCUGUGCGAACGAUUCAAACCCGUGGAACCUGCCGAAUAUUAUUACGAUUUCAUCGUGGUUGGCGGAGGAACAGCUGGUUCCGUGGUGGCGUCUAGAUUGAGCGAGCAACCGGAAUGGAAAGUUUUGUUGCUCGAGGCUGGCCCGGACGAGCCGCCUGGUACGGAUCUUCCCAGCAUGGUGGCCAUGUUUCUAGGAAGCGAUAUCGAUUGGGGUUAUAGGACGACGAACGAGAAGAACGCCUGCCUGUCCUCGGGCGGCUCGUGUUUCUGGCCACGUGGUAAAAACCUCGGAGGCACCUCGAGUCACAACGGCAUGAUGUAUACGCGGGGUCAUCCCAAGGAUUACGACAACUGGGCGGCGAUGGGCAAUGAUGGAUGGUCGUGGCAGGACGUCCUGCCGUAUUUCAUGUGCUCGGAGAAUAACACGGAGAUCAAUCGUGUCGGGCGGAAAUAUCACUCGACCGGGGGAUUGCUCAACGUCGAGAGAUUUUCUUGGAGGCCGGACAUUUCCAACGAUAUACUCGCCGCUGCGGCCGAGCUGGGAUACCCGAUCCCCGAGGAGUUGAACGGCGAUCAAUUCACCGGAUUCACGGUCGCUCAAAUGAUGAGCAAAGACGGUGUCCGGCGCAGCGCCGCCACCGCUUUCCUCCGCCCGUUCCGCAACAGGAGGAAUUUACAAGUCGUUACCAACGCCACCGUGACGAGGAUCCUGUUGAAGGAGAGGAAGGCGGUUGGCGUGCAAUAUUACAAGAACGGUGAACUUCGCGUCGCACGCGCCUCGCGGGAAAUAAUCGUUUCCGGCGGGGCCGUCAACUCCCCUCAGAUCUUACUUCUCUCCGGGAUCGGGCCCAAGGAGCAUUUGGCGGCCGUGAACGUGAGCGUGGUCCACGAUCUUCCAGGGGUCGGUGAGAAUCUGCACAACCACGUCUCGUUCACGUUGCCGUUCACCAUAGACCGUCCUAACGAGUUCGACCUGAACUGGCCCUCGGUCUUGGAAUACGUCGCGUUCACGAGGGGACCCAUCGCCUCGACCGGUUUGUCCCAACUCACGGGAAUCGUGUCCUCGAUAUACACGAGCCAGGACGACCCCGACCUUCAAAUCUUCUUCGGCGGUUAUCAGGCGGCUUGCGCUACGACAGGCCUCGUCGGAGCCUUGAUGGACAACGGCGGCCGUCACAUCAGCAUCUCGCCCACGAAUCUUCACCCCCGCAGCCGAGGUACUCUUCGACUGGCCAGCAACGAUCCCUUCGCGAAACCGAUAAUUCACGGGAAUUACUUGAGCGACCCGAUGGACGAGGCCGUCCUCCUCCACGGGAUUCGGAUAGCCUUGUCGCUGAGCAACACUAGCGCGUUGGCCAAGUACAACAUGACGCUUGGCAACCCCGCCCUCGAGGCCUGCUCCCGACACCCGUACCUAAGCAACGAUUACUGGAGGUGCGCCGUGCGCCAGGACACGGGGCCGGAGAAUCAUCAGGCCGGAUCGUGUAAAAUGGGCCCUGCCACCGACCGAAUGGCGGUGGUUGAUCCGAAGCUGAGGGUGCACGGCAUCAGAGGGUUGCGCGUAGCUGACACGUCCAUCAUGCCUCGAGUGACGUCCGGGAACACGGCCGCUCCAGCGAUCAUGAUCGGCGAGAGGGCAGCCGCUUUCGUCAAGUCCGAUUGGGGUGGUGCGCCGUCAAAAUGUAGUUCCCAUCCCACGAUCGACAACUCGUUGGAUCUAUUGCUUUGGGGGAUCAAAUACAUCGACUGGGACCAGGGUGACUGGUAGACCAAGACCCUUGACUCGAUCUCUAGUCCGAACCGGGUUUUAACCUUCCGGUUCGCACAGGAUAUUUGCAUCGCAGCUUUCGUUUACGCUCUCUUCGUUAGCCGGAUCGACGUGGUAUGUCGAAAAUUUGAUGUCCAAUAUUUUUUCUAAACGAACGCUUCUCCAUCCGUUUGAAUUUCUUAGCCUCUGUCGAUAUUUUCCCAUCCGUGCCAAGAACGCGUAGAUUCUUUUCCUUUCUUUUUAUUAUUAUUAUUAUUAUUAUUAUUAUUAUUAUCAUUAUUAUUAUUAUCAUCAUUAUUAUUAUUAUUAUUGUUAUUAUUAUUAUUAUUAUACACGUGAAAACCCGUUAUGACUUUUAUCGCGCUCGGCUCGUUCGUAUAUUUGAUUAUCUUCUUCUUUAUUAGAUAAACGUCGUCGUGUACGUCGAAACCAAAGAAAUGUAAAUUGCCACUAUAUAAAUGCGGAUCAAUAAAUUGAAUUAUAUAUAUA